UUUACGCCGAAAGCAUAUUUGUAGACGCGAUGAACGACGGCAGUAAAAAUUCCCAAGGAUUAUUAACACGCAGGAAGAAGAGGACGACGACGCGAUGUAUAUAAUUUCAACCCGAGUGAUUUGCAUAAUUAAUGAAUUUAUUUAUAACAGACGAUAGCGUUGAUACCAGGGAACAGUUACCAUAGAGAUAAGUAAUCGUCUGCUGGUAACUACGCAUGCGCUCUCAUUAGUCGUUACUAUAGCAACAUCAUCAAAUGAUCGGAUGGAGGAGAAAUGGAAGAGUCAAAGUUAUUAACUAUGAAUCCGAAAACAUUUGAUGGUUUGUAAAAUAAAAUAUUGUCUUUACGAAUCUAAUCAAUCGUAAGUCAAGUUAAUAAUAUAUUGGAGAUUUCGAUGCUCCAAGAAGAGGAAACGCAACAUCAUUCGAUGGACAUCGGACGUCGUCUGGUAGAAGACGAAAAAGACGUCUACGAAGUGGAAGCAAUCACCGGAAUGAAGGAAUUGAACGGAAAGAUGUAUUAUAAAGUACGAUGGACUGGAUAUCAUGUAAAAGAAAGCACAUGGGAGCCACAAGAAAAUUUAUUAACAUGUAUGGAUAUGGUUGAAACAUAUGUUCAAAGUAGAGUGGCCAAACAGAAGGCAAAACAGGAUGCUUUAGAAGCAAAUGAUAAACCAGUUCCACCAAAAGAUACAUUUUGGAAAGAUUUUGAGGAAGGCAAAAUUAAUGUAUUUGAACAAGAUAUGUAUAGUAGAGUCAAAAAAGCUCGUAGUCAAAAAGAAAAACUACAAGAUUCUGUGGUGACCAGUUUAGGAGACUGUUGUUCUAACUCCAAAGAUUCCAACAAAAAGGAAAACAGUAUUAGUUUAUCAAAAAGAAAACACAGUGUUCUUCAAUCUAACUUAACAUACACAUUUCAGAGGAGAAGAAACAAAAGACAAAACAUUAUCAUCAAAUCUGCUGAUGUUACAGGUUCUGAUAAUCAAGAAUCAGACAUAUUUAAUCAUGACUAUAAAUCAUCUCAGAAACUUUCAGAAAAAAGUGAACCAGAAGAUACUGAAUUGACUACAAAAUGGAUAAAAAGGCAUAAAAAUAAAGAAAGGAACAUCCCAUUAAAUGCAUUGCAGAGAUCCCAAAUAAUAAAUAAUGAAAAAUUAUUGCAGAAAUCCAGAAAAACAAAUGGAACGAAAGAGAAAGAGACUAAUUGGUCAUUAAAUUGUUCUGUUUUGGUUGAAAAUAUAAAGCUCAGUAAUGUUCCAUUAAAUUUGGGUCCAGAUUCAAGAAUGUUAAUUAAAAAUACUGAAGAUGGAUACAAAAUUACAGCAUGUAAUGCUAAAUCACGGCUUCUUCCUAUAGACACCGCUAUACCUUCAUCAAAAAAAGAAGACUCUCAACAAGAAAAUAAUUCUAAUUCAUCAAUAUUCAAUGAAGAAAAUAUAAAAUUAAUGAAUUCUACUAACUCCUCAAGCACAGCUUUAACAAAAAAUUGCAUAAAUGUCAAAAAUGGUGAUUAUAAAAAUAAUAUAAAAUUACAUGGAAGUUGGAAUGAUGAACAGUUUAACAACACAAUAACCCCCUUGGCUUUAGCUGUGUUAAAAGGAGACACAGAAGAAGCCAAAUUACUAAUCAGUCAAGGUGAAGAUGUUAAUUUAAAAUUAAAAAGUGGUUGUACAGUUUUAAUGGUUGCCAGUGAACAGGGAGAUGUUAAAAUGGUUCUUACAUUGUUAGAAAUGGGAGCGAAAAAAGAAAUAAAGAAUUUUAAAGGGGAAACAGCACUGAUUAUGGCUAGUAGAAAAGGCCAUUUUGAUGUUGUUCAGCAACUGUUAGAUCAUGGAGCAAAUUUUUCAGUAUGUAAUAAUGAAGGGAUGACUGCAUUGCGUGUAUCAUCAGCAGCUGCACAGACAGCUGUUCGAAAUCUUCUUAAUAAUCACAUUACAAGAAUUAAAUAUGCUUUUGAGGCAUUUAUUAAUAAAUUGCUAAAAGGUUCUUCUUGUAAAGUCCUACAUGCACUUUUUCCAUUGCAUUGUUUUACAUUAAAUGAAGGACCCGACUUGUACAUCACAUUUUGCCAUGGUGUUCCAACUGAGAGGCAAGGUAAUCACAUUUAAUAUCAUCUCUUUAUAAUCUAUACUUAUAUAAAUAUAUUAAGUUAGUUUAUUUUUGACUCUGCAUAUAUUAAUUUUUACUAUUAUCAUGAUAAAAGUUAUUUACUGAAGACCAUCUUCAAAAUAAAAUUAAAAAAAAUGUAGUUGCAGAAGAUGCUUAACUUUUUUUUUAUUAUUGGUAUCAAGAGUGCAUUUUUAGCAAGCUCAUUAUGGGUUUGGCCAGGUGAUGAGGGAUGGUCCAUGCAAAAUUCUACCCUAUUGCAAAAUUCUUGGGGGUUUUUUUUUCCUAUUCAUUUGGAUUCAAUCUCAGAUCCCCAAAUCUGUCAACUUAACCACUUUGUCAUCUAUAUGGCUACUUACUUCUGUCAAAGCAGUAUUGGAAGCAGUACUGAUUGGAAGUCAUGUUAUAUGAUGUGUUCAAGGAUUCUUGUUGCUGCAGCAUCCAGCUUGGCUUCCAUUGGUUAUCAGUAUUUGACCAAGAAGGACAUAACAAUACUUUCCUAAUUUUGCCUUCAUAGACUUUUAUCUGUUCCCUAAAAUGAAAGUGAAAUUGAAGGAGAUAAAAAUUUAAAUAAGCAACAAAGCAGAAGCUGCAGUGACAAAAGCCUUUAAAGACAUCAAAGCAAUACUGGAUGCUAUUUUUUAUGAUAAGAAGCAUUGACAAUUGAAAAAGUGUGUAGGUGUAGGAGGAGGUUACACUAAAAGUAGUAUGGUGUAAGAAUUAUAUAAGUAUAUAUGGAUUAUUUAUUUAUAUAUAUCUGUUACCGCUAAAGCUCGAAAUCCGUUAAUGUGCGCAUUACCUAGCUAAUCUGCAGAUUAACU